AUGUGUGGUAUUUUUGCUUAUCUUAACUACCUUGUCGCCAAAGAUCGAAGAACAAUCACAAAUACCCUUAUUUGCGGUUUGGCUCGUCUUGAAUACCGUGGAUAUGAUUCCGCGGGUUUAGCAAUCGAUGGAGAUUCUGACGAUGUACUCAUCUUCAAACAAGUUGGCAAAGUUGCUGCUGUUAGGAAACUCGUUUCUGAGGCAACUGUUGACUUUGAAAAGGAAUUUGUUAGCCACUGUGGUAUGGCUCACACUCGUUGGGCUACUCACGGUGAACCUUCUCCAACAAACUCACAUCCUCAUCGUUCCGACCCAAGUGGUGAAUUUACCGUAGUACAUAACGGUAUCAUCACUAAUUAUAAAGAAUUGAAAACUGUCCUCGAGAAAAAAGGUUAUAUGUUUGAAUCGGAAACUGAUACUGAAGCCGUUGCCAAACUUGCAAAAUAUUUGUAUGAUUCUCAAAAAUCUAAUGAAAAACUGAGUUUCACCGCGCUUGUUAAAGGUGUUAUUAAGGAAUUGGAAGGUGCUUUUGCGUUGAUUUUUAAGAGUGUACAUUUCCCUAAUGAAGUUGUUGCUACGCGUCGUGGAUCUCCUUUAUUAGUUGGUGUCAAAACCGAGAAAAAAUUAAAAGUAGACUUUGUUGAUGUAGAAUUUGGUACAGACUCUGCCUUUGCGCCAACGGAGGAAAAAGUAGAUGGAAAUUUAUUAUCCCCUACAGAACAUCCAAAACUUAGACGCAGUCAAUCACGCGCCUUCUUAAGCGAAGAUGGUUUACCUCAACCAAUUGAAUACUUCCUUGCAUCCGAUCCCUCUGCUAUCGUUGAACAUACUAAACGCGUACUAUAUCUUGAGGAUGAUGAUAUUGCUCACAUUAGUGAAGGAGAACUUCAUAUCCAUCGUUUAAGACGUGACGACGGAAUAUCAGCUACUCGUUCUAUUCAAACUUUGGAGAUCGAAUUGGCUGAAAUUAUGAAAGGUUCUUUCGAUCACUUUAUGCAAAAGGAAAUUUUUGAACAACCUGAAUCAGUAGUAAACACUAUGCGUGGUCGUGUUAACUUUGAAAGUCAUAAAGUAACCCUAGGUGGUCUUAAAGCAUAUUUAGCAACUAUUCGACGUUGCAGACGUAUAGUAUUUUGUGCAUGUGGUACAAGUUAUCAUUCUUGCGUUGCUACUCGUGCCAUUUUCGAAGAAUUGACAGAAAUUCCUGUCUCUGUAGAAUUAGCAAGUGAUUUUUUGGAUAGAAAGACUCCUAUAUUCAGAGAUGAUGUUUGUGUUUUCGUAUCACAAUCUGGUGAGACGGCAGACACAAUCCUUGCUUUAAGGUAUUGUCUUGAACGUGGAGCUCUUUGUCUUGGUAUUACCAACACUGUCGGUUCAACGAUCUCUCGAGAGACACAUUGUGGUGUUCACAUCAAUGCUGGUCCAGAAAUUGGGGUCGCUUCCACCAAGGCAUAUACCUCACAAUUUAUUGCUUUGGUCAUGAUGGCUAUUCAAUUGAGCGAAGAUCGUUCAUCCAUGACUCAACGACGAAAUAGCAUCAUUGAUGAGCUUAAAAAAUUGCCUGAAUAUAUUCAAAAUGUUUUAAGUAUUGACAAAGAAUUACAACAACUUGCCAAGGAUGUACUUUAUAAAGAAAAGAGUCUUUUAAUCAUGGGUCGUGGCUUCCAAAAUGCUACAUGUUUGGAAGGCGCGUUAAAGAUCAAAGAAGUUUCAUAUAUGCAUUCAGAGGGUAUCUUAGCUGGUGAACUCAAACAUGGUCCUUUGGCUCUUAUUGACGAAAACAUGCCUGUUAUCCUAAUCAUGACUAAAGAUUCACUGUAUCCAAAAGUACAAAGUGCUCUUCAACAAGUUACAGCUCGUAAGGGUCAACCGAUUAUUAUUUGUAAUGAUGGAGAUGAGGGUAUAUCGAGUCAAUACAAGAAAAUCCGUGUUCCACAAACGGUUGAUUGUCUGCAAGGACUUAUAACAAUCAUUCCUUUGCAAAUAUUAUCAUAUCAUUUGGCAGUUUUACAUGGAGUUGACGUUGAUUUCCCACGAAAUUUGGCUAAAUCGGUAACCAACAAAAAUUCUCGCUCGCUAUUAUUAUUUACUUACAAAGAAGCAUUUGUUAAAAUGAAUGACGAAGCAACAUUAAUAAGAAAAUUCUGUAGCGUUACAAACGCGACUCAUGAAGUUGCAAUAUCCUAUUUGAUGGUAUCCGACGGUAACGUUGAGCAAGCUAUUACUCUUUACUUGGAGAAUGGCGGUGCAGAUCUUUCUGAUGCUUUGGGUGCCGGUAUUACCGAUACGAGUCCUCAACUGUCACCAUCAAGAGCAACCUCCACAUACACUGGAAAAGCAAAUAGCACAUUUGAAAGCGAUGCUGAAUUAGCGAGGGCACUUGCUCAAGAAGAUUCUGCAAUUCGAGCUCCCAUAGCGCCAAAACGCGACAUACUUGUUGGUGAUCAAGACAACGGUCCUGACGGUGGAAUGAUUAGGAGAGGUGUACCACGCACUCGUCGCUCACGUGAUAACACUUAUCGAAAUUUUGCAGGCGACGUUAUUCCUCAUCGAAUAGUAUCUGCUGAUGAAAAGGCAACUAGAUUGGCUGAUUUAUUCAGUCCUCCUUUCGAUAUCAUACAUAAAGAAAAUUUUGAAAGGACACGGACCAGAGCGAGAAAUGAUGGCAAAUGGUUAAUGGUUGACAUCCAAAAUAUAAAAGAAUUUUCUAGUCAAGUUCUCAAUCGUGAUUUGUGGACGGACAAAACAGUUAAAGACGUGAUUAAAGCACAUUUUCUUUUCCUUCAACAAUACAUAAAUUUCUAUCCUAUUGAUAAUUAUCCUCAUAUUGCGAUUAUUGAUCCAAGAACCGGUGAAAGAGUAAAAGUAUGGAAUGCCCAAACGGCACCCACCGAGUUUUUAAUCGGUGUUACGGAUUUCUUGGAGCGUUAUUCAUUGACUGACCACGAUUUAACGAAGCCGACUCCCAUUUCGAAAAAGACAUUAACGGAAAUGAGUGAAGAAGAACAGUUAAGGGUAGCUAUGGAAGAAUCACUUAGUUAUAACAACAAAAAUGUUGAAGAAUCAACAUCGAAACAAGUAGAUUCUGCAUCUGAAUCUGAAGAUGGUAUGGAAAUCGAAGAUGUGACUGAAGAUGACUCAAUUACUGAAGAACCUAUUUCAACUUUUGAUACCAUUCAACCUGUUGAAAGGGAGGAAGCCCAAGGUCCUACAUCAGUAAUGAUAAAAUUCCGUUUAGCAGACGGACAAACGAUUAUUCGACGGUUUGGAAAAUUGGACCCUGUCCGAUAUUUAUUCGAGUUCAUUAAAGCGAAAGUUCCUAAUCAGCAAUUUGAGCUUGUUUGCCACAGGAAUAAUUUGAUAAACCAUGUUGAUGAAACUGUAGAAGCAGCAGGUUUAUCAAAUUCACUUGUUAAUGUUAAUAAUUCUUAA